GUAUUACAAAUUGAAUUCUAGAAAAAAAUCAAUUAUGAAUAUUUAAUACGAUGGAUGCGCUACCGCCCAUCUUUAGCCACAGAUCUUCAUACACAUACCAUGGACGACAUGAAAGAACCUUGUGGACUACUGGUGGCCCACAGACCAUAGUUUGGCAACCUCUGUUCUAGAGACAUUAGGGAGGGAGCUGAACCUGGAUAAUGACUGCUCUAGUAUCUCACACCCAAUAUGUUAACAAAAUGUUGCCCAACAGGCAAAAACAGAGAUCAAAUAGUGGCAGUGAUUACCUGGGACAUAUACUUUGUAAAUGUGCAUUUUUAAAUAUUGAAAGGGAGCAGCCACUGACUAUGUACAUCAGAGCUCCUUCCUUUGCAUUAACACUCCUGGAGUGGGACAAAUGCAUGUAAACUGUACUAUUUGUAUACAGUACUUCUAAAAAUACAAAUGUUUUCAGUGACAGAUUUAGAUUAUUGUUGACACAACAUUUGAUCACAGAAUAUAUAUGAAAGUUUGUUUCUACAGGCUUGCAUUAAAGUUCUUUCCUAUGUAUCUAUAAACACACAAUGUCAGAUGUUCGCAUAAGUGGCGCACAAAUUCAGACUAAGAAUCCAGCAUUUUAUGUAUGAAAAGUGUUAACUUACUUUCCAAACUGAGCAAGGAAAAGAAUUUCUUGCACUGAACUGAGCCCAGAGAAGUAGCUACACAGUGCAUCCAGAGACCUUCAUAAAUCCAGCUUGCAGUAAUAAGCGUUGUAGUUGGAAUAGAAAAUUUCCAGCAGUUGGACACACUGGCAACCAGUAAAAGGAUGAGACCCAGAAAAGCCAGAAGCAGUGCAGAGAUUUGAAAAGCUGACGACGCCAUCCUUCAAUGACAAGUGAAUUUUCAAAGAUUCACUCUCAAAUUGUGAUGUCAAAAUCCUAUUUUAAAAGUUGAUAAGAGACCAUGUAAUAGCACACUCGUUAUAUGAGGAAUAUUUCUGCUGAGAAGAAAACAAAACUGUUAGCUUCUGUUCUAACACAGAAUAUUCUUUGCAUGCUAGGUUAAAAGUUAUUAUCCGAUAUACAGCAUGGAUUCAUUUUUAAUGCAUUUAUAGUGGAUUUACAGUACUGUUUGCAGAACAGCAGUCAAUAUUUUGAGAUAUAGCAUAUAGAGCAGUAUUUCUGAUAUAAGAAUAAAAUGCAGAAUAAUAAUAAGAAAAAUAAAUAAAUUUUUAUUUAUAUCCCACUCUCCCCAGCCGAAGCUGGGCUCAGGGCGGCUAACAACAAUAAAAUAAGACAACAUUUCAAAAUCAUUUCAUUAAAAAAUUACUUCAAAAGUAAUUUGAAGAAAAGAUGGGAGCUUCAAAUACAUUUGAGGUGCACAUAGCAUCGCAUGCAGAAUAGUAGUUAGAAUCAGAACUAUUGGGAAACAUGGUAAAUAGGACAGUAUUUCUGGCAUAGGAAUUCACUGUUAUCUAUAAUAAUAAUAAUUUCCAUUUCAAUAUUUGUUUCUUUGAAAAAAUAGAGGUGGGUUAUGUUUGAGCAGGAAGGAAGAAGUGAGGAUUGGGGAAGUAAUGUGGCUAUAUGUUGUUUGCUUCAUAAAGAAUUAUCAGCAAACCAUUAAUGAACAAUUAAUUUGCAACUUCCAAAUGUAUUUUAAAGCCAAUUAACUGAAUUAACACAUUUAAAUAAUUUUACUGGAUUUACUGAAGUGUAUAAUGUAGAUUCAAUGUCCUGUAUAAUAUAUAUGUACUUACUUUUAGGUAUCUGUGUUCUGGAUUUUCCCCUUUGAAGUUUUUCCAGAGACACGACAGCAGCUUGUGAGGGCCAGUUUUGCCAAACUGAGAGUGAACGUUUUGUAACACUUUAGGACCUUUCCCCCCUGUUCUAAAAAUCAAUGCCUCCAGCCAGUUCAUUGACUUCACCAUUGCGCAAGACGUAUAGCUGAUCCAAUGAACUAUGUUAUUCAAAAUGGAUCCUGUUCCAGCAGGGGCGAAUCGAGGUUUUAUUUCACCCAUGUCAAAGACCCAGUUUGCCCCAUGUGUAUUUGCAUACACACACACAGGCUGGAAACCUCACUGAUGUCCAUCUGGAGGCUUCACCCGGGGCAAAACCCCCCGGCUAGCUUCCCUGUAGCUAAAGGGUUCUUACAGAACCUGAAUAAAAUCACCUAUUAGUAUUCCUCUAGUGUCUGACCCCAUAUUAACUUCCAACGUUCUUUACGUUUAAAGAGAGAAGCCACGUGGUGUUCACUAAACAUUGAGGACUACAACUCCCAUAUUCUCUAUCUAUUGGCUAUGCUGACUGGGGCUGAUGGGAGAGGUAGUCUCAGAUAUUUGGAUUGUGCCAUGUUGGCUGUCCCUGUUCUAAUGUUUUCCAAAAUAAACUCAUGAUUUUAUCUCAGGGAAAUGAUGCUGUGAAAAAUGAGAUUAUUCCAAUCUGCAAAAACAACAUCCAAACUUCAAGUAUUUUCAAAAUAAUCCUCCAUAUAGCAACAACCAUAACACAACUUUUAGAGGAUUCUGAACACUUUAUAUACUCUAAUCUGACUCAACAAGUUUGUAAAACAGGCCAGUGUGUUAGCUCCAUUUUGAGAGUAGCUAAAACAGAAGGCCAAAUUAGGCAUUAGCUUGACAAACAUAUUGUUCCAGCUCCAUUUUUGCUAAGAUUAUGGGGAAUGUAAAGUAGGAAGGAAUGAUGGGAGGAAGAUGUGCCUUUAUUUGUUCAGUGAUUCUGGGUCCACUGCAAACGUCCUGAGGCAUGGACUCACUUAAGUGUCUAGAUAUGGGUAGGAUGCUACAAGUGCAGUACUUUUGGGUUCCAAGUCAUUCACUUGGAAGCAUUAGUCCUUCUGACACUUCUCUAAAGCCAAGGUUCAUUCUCUCCCUUCCUGUACCAAUACUAUGUUUAUUUUCAUUCUCAAUGACGGGUAUCAAAAAGGAGGUCACUGUUGCCACAGAAAUGCUACUAAACUACCUGCUAAAUAUCAGAUUGUACUCCCAACUUUUUUUAUGCCAAGGCUCCUGUGCUUUUAACCAUUAUACAAGAGCACAAAUCUAGCAGCAUGGAGAUGUGAAAUACUCUGCCAAGAGACAUUCAGCAGGCACUUUCUGUCUCAACUUUUAAAUGCCUGUUGAAAGUUUUUUAUUUUGUCAAGCUUAUGUAGGCAAUUAAGGGUGUAGUUUUUCCAGAAUACUUAGCCAAUUCCUGACUUUGACUUUUAAAUACGCUUUUGUUGUAAGGUUUUAGGUAAAUGAAUAGCGGUUUUAAAAUAUUGGAAAAUAUUGGAAAAACUCGUGUUCCAUUUUCGCCAGUUAAAGCUACUUUAUACAGGCCCUGCAAAGAAAAGAAAAAAGACGGUGAACAUCCCCAACUGAAGAGCGGCAGGCUAAUGGCUAUCAUUGAUUUCCGUCAGCAUCUUUUCCUACUUCUGCCAUUUACCGCUGCUGCCCACACAAUCCAUGUCUGCGUUUUCCUUUUCCUAUGAGAACAUAUGAGUGGAAGCUACUGCCUCGAGGAAGAAAAGGCCCUCUGGCAAGGAAGAGGCACAGCCUCGGUGCCCAGUCCAGCCUCAGCGCCUUUGAUAAAAUGGGGACUGAAUCCGGUCAGCACCAAUUGCUUCAAAAUGGCGACAGAAAACCCGAAAGGGUCCCCCCCCCCGCCAUAUGUUUUUAAGCUCUCUCAAUAGGACGCCGUAAUAAUUUUUUGCCGGAAGAAAGACCGCCCCAACAGAACGACACUGUAGGCCGCGCCGCCCUUUCCCCGGAAAGGCAGGCAAGGUAACGGUAUUUUUGCUUCGGCGCUUGGCUAUGACGUCAUCCGGCGCCGCCAGCCAGGCCACCCCCCUUUCAAGAUGGCGGAAGGAAGCGCCCGCCGACCCGGAAGUGUUAUUUUCGGAGGGUGAGGAAAAUGGCGUGGAGUUGCUGUGCCCGAGUCUGGGUUAGACAGGAGUUAUGGGGUAGUAGUGGAAUCCGGACACACAGGUAGGGAAUGAAGCGGAGCUGCUACCCAUAGGAGGAGGGCGGUGGGGUUCAGAGGAAGGGGCUGGAGGUGGGAGAGGUGGUGUGCUGCUGCGGGUAUCGAGGAGUUCGCUGCGAGGGUGUGACUGGGAGAGCGGUGGGAUUGUCAACUUUGCCGCUCGGCUUUUCCAGGAGUCUGUUAUUUUAAAAAAGAAAUACGGCACCCAGAACGAUGGGUAGGAUCCAGUUCCUGUGUCUCUCUUUCCACCCACCCUGAUCGAGGGCGAGGAAGAGGGAAAGCCUGUAGUAAAGGAGUGGCUGUGGAUGAGGGAAGUACGAUGUCUCCAGACACUGGUCCAGCAGUUACACAGCCUCUCCUUAUUCCGACGGAUUAGAGAAAGAGAGUUGGGUGUGUCAAUGGCACAACGGUGCAAUGGUAGACAAAUGGACUGAAGUAGCUUCACAGAGUCUAGUACAAAAUGGAAAUAUAAGAUUUCCUUGGUAGCACCCUGAUAAUAAUUACUUAUUUGUUAACCUUACAUCCCAUCUACUAAAUGAUGCUUAAGGUGCCUAACAGCAAUGAUACAAAUAUAACAACAGCAACAACAACAAUAAUAAUAAUAAUAUCCAAAGUGAGAACCAGAAACAAAAUCAUUUAUUGUUCUGAUAUCCAGUCCCAUCUGACAAAUCAUGAUUCUGAAACUACAAUUUGAAGCUUCUUGACAAGUUUCAAUUGAUAUUCCUACUGAAAUUACAAAACAUGGCUUAGGUGUUUCUUUUUUCUCAUAAGCUGCUGUUUGGGAUAACAUCUAGGGAUGAUUAGGAAAAGGAGAAUAAGACAGAAACUGUACUUUGCCUAUAUAGGCAGAACACAGAGUAUCGUUUGGGUUCCUAAACUACUGUUAGUACAGUGGUACCUUGGGUUACAUACGCUUCAGGUUACAGACUCCGCUAACCCAGAAAUAGUACCUUGGGUUAAGAGCUUUGCUUCAGGAUGAGAACAGAAAUUGUGCUCCGGCGGCGUGGCAGCAGCAGGAGGCCCCAUUAGCUAAAGUGGUGCUUCAGGUUAAGAAUAGUUUCAGGUUAAGAACGGACCUCCGGAACGAAUUAAGUAAUUAACCCGAGGUACCACUGUACAACAUCAUAGUUUAGUGUUAUAUCUGAAGUGGCCUAAAACAACCAUGUAAGCUGCAAAACAAGUUGACAUACAAACUAUGAAAGGUAAUAUUCUGGAUAGGCAAAUCACAAAAAGAUCAUAAUACUUUGGAGUGGUGAGAAGGUGCUUUUGGUUUCUCUUAAUCUGGUAUUUCUGAAUAAGAAACUGGUAUUUCUUAACAUCUUGGAAACAUUUAGAAUGAGUCCACUUUGUGUUCCAUAUGUAUUUACUUUUAGAAAUACCCUAUAUACACAACAAAGAAAUGGAUUCAGAAGACCAGCACAGAAGAGUGAUCCGCAAACACCAAACCCAAAAACUGGUAUUAAGCCACAGAAAAGUAGUUUGUCUCCUCCAGCCUAUCAAGAAUCUUCCCGUUCAGUGAAAAUCCUUGUGAAGCCAUUCUUCUUUACAAUUGGGGUAAUAAUUGUUUGAUAUUACAGAUAAUGUGUCACAGUCCGUAUGUAAUUAACAAAAACUGGUUUGUUUAGUGGUAAACUACAGAAUUUUCAUAUAGAACAGGGAUUAUAUAGAGGCGGGAUUUUGGCAGGCAGACCCAUUGCAGCACCAUGACAGCUGAAGAUAUGUUUAUCAAAUUUUUCUAAUCUGUAGAACAAUUAAAGUAUUGGGAUCCAUGUCCAUAUAAUGCCUGAGUAAGAAGAACAGGGCUGCCCACAUUCCCAUCCCUACCCACUGUUUCUAUUCUGAACACCGUAGGUCUGAAUGGGGCUUCUACCCAUGUUCACUUAAAUGUGAGUGGAAACAUCUGUGUAGUACAAAAUCCUGCUUUAUCAAGAUUCCCAUCAUGUUCUAUUCACUUUAAAGCAAACACAAGUAGAUAGACCUCAAAUGUUUUCUGGUCAAUCUGAGAAGUUUGAAAACAGGUGGUCGGGGCCAGCUUUUGCAGUGAUAUUGGGAGCAGACCCAGCGUGUGCAGACCCAUGCCUCCUGUAUAUGUAGAUAGUUCCUGUUUAGGCAUAACACCCAAAUUAAAGCAUUUAAUAGAAGUUGUAUUUCCAGUCUAAAGACUCCAAAAGCUAUGUAGGGAAUAGAGAUCAAAUAUUAUUGGUAUUGUAUGACUGUAGAGGUCAUGCCAUACAAUGAGUUAACAGUCUUCUGGUGCUAAUUUGAAUGCUUAUGGUAACAAAUUAUCUGAAUUAUGUGUUACCUGAAACCUUAAUUAAAUAUAUUAGUUUUCAGGCUGUGCUUUUGGAUCAGCUGCUAUUUGGCAAUAUGAACACCUCAAAUCCAAGGUUCAGAACUAUUUUGAAGACAGUCGAGCAGACUGGAUGGAUAAGGUGCGACCCCAAAAAGGGAUGGACUUCAGAAGGCAGGUAUUUUGGGCACUAAUUAUAAUUUUACUAUUGAAACUAUUGUACAUGAUGACCGAAAUUUUUUCUAUUGUGCCUUACCUUGCAAAGCCUUCUGGAUAUUAUCGUACUUUUCUUGACAAAUCUCAAGGGAAAAACCCAUGAGGAAUGAAUAUAUAAAUAUAUAUGUUUCAAUAGUAAGAGAAAAAUUAUGAAUGUUAAAGUUGUGUGACUCAGCCAUCAUGAAUAAGAUAACAUCUUUGGGUUAAAGAAGAAUGGCAAGAAAUAACAUUUUUAAUUAGAGAUGGAGUCAAUUCAUUAGCACUUUUUUCAUUUAUUUGGAAGAUUAUUUCACAAACUCGAAACAUACCAGUUGAAUAUAUCUAAUCACAAUGUUUAGUUUAUGCAAUCCAGAGGUAAAUUGAUAUAAAAAUAUGUAUAUUUCAUUAGGAAAAUGCAUCACUUAGAAAUCAGACAUAAAAAGGAACAAAUCCUUAUUUACUACAUGGAUAUAGUAUUUAGAUUUGUUACAGAUAAGAGUCAUCUCUGUACCCACUUUUCUUUAUGGCCCUGCCCAUCGUUGGCAUGCAGCUCCCAAAAGGUUACCCACAAGGUAAUGUUACCCUUAUGUUAAAAAAGGUUCCUAGCCUUGGUUUACACUAACUAGAGAGAGUGCAGUUAUCUUUUGAAAAUAGGUGUUCGUUACCUGUGUGUAAUUACAGUUUUCUAAGAAAAGUUUUGGGAUAGAAUAUUCUUCUUUCGUUUUGUAUACUUGAUUUCUUCAAUGCUUUUGUGUAUUGAAAAUACUAAAUUGCAUAUUAAUGAGUUUAAUAUCCAUUGUCUUGAGAUACUGUAUAUAUUGGAUCAGGCCAGAUUAAGACUGCUCAUUUUCUUUCAGGUUAACCAGUGGUGGAAUAGUCUCAGCAACGGGCAACGUACUGUGUCAGGUUUGUGUUAGCUUACAAGUAUUAGACAUUCUCAGGAAGAGAAAUAUGGCAAACAGGUACAGUAUGUCACUAGAUAGCUUUGAUAACAUGCUUACAAGUUGUUAAACCUAAGGCAGUCUUUUCCACCUAUGUGUUUAGUUUGCUCCACUACAUAAUAUAUUUUGGCCUAACAUUAUGUAAUAUUGCUCCCUAACUUAGAGGGAUGCAGUGCAAUUUUAUGCUCAGAUUAUUCCUCCUAGAACAAGGAUGGAGACCCUGUGGCCUUCCAGUUGUUGUUGGACUCCCAACAGUCCCAGCCUGCAUGGCCAUAGAUGAUGAAGGCCAGACAUUUCUCACCCCUGUUCUAAAGGUUGAAGACCCUUGCCUAUUGCUUUCCGUAAGACUUUCUCCAUGAUUAUGGCUCUGUCACACAAGAUUGUUUCCUGCAUAGAAGCUGGCUCUGUUACUAGAAAGUUGUAACAGAAUGUCAAAAAUAGUUUGAUUACUACUUAGUAAAUGUUUUAAUAUAAUUAAACAAGUGGAACCUUGGUUUUCGAGCUUCUCGGAAGCCGAACGUUUCAGAACUCGAACGCCAAAAACCCGGAAGUAAUUGCUUCCAUUUUCAAACGGCUUCUGGGGUGUUUUUUCCCCCUUUUUCUCCAUUGACUUCACUGACCGCCCUUUGCGCCUUGGUCGUCAAAUGUUUCAGAAGUCAAACAGUCUUCCGGAAUGGAUUACGUUUGACAACCGAGGUUCCAGUGUACUGUGUUAUUGGGGACUGAGAAACUGAUAUUUCAUGAAAAAUAUAGGGUUUACCAAAUCAAGAUAUGGUUUCCAAAUGUAAGUGUGUGGUGGUGAUGGAACAUGUUUUAUUUCCACUCUCUAUUCUUCAUCAGUAAGGAAAAAAAAAUUAAGGGUGGAUUACAGUUCAUUAGUAUUUUGUAGGCAAUUUUUGAAAAGUCUCAUAUGAAAGCAAAAAUACAAGUAGUCUUUAAAGAAUGUUUGAGCACAAUUAUUUGUGACCUGAAUGAUUACUGGGUUGCAUCCAAGGCAUGGGGGGAAAGGAACUGCUUGAUGGGCCAAGUCCUUACCUGCAGGUCAACUCUGACAGUGCAUUGCUUCAGUCACCUGAUGUCAUGAUGACCCCAGGUGACCCAUUUUCCUUUGCCCUCAUGGUUUGGUUUCAGAACACAUGGGCAAUGGCACAGCUUUUUGCAAGUGUCAGUAAACAGCUCAUUGUGGAUGCUUACAAAGCCCAGUGCAGUUUGAUUUCAAAUAAUCACCACCAUCAUUAUUGCUUGAAUAGUAGUAGUAGUAGUUUUUUGUACCCUGCCCAUCUGACUGAGAUGCUCCAGCCACUCUGGGCAGCUUCCAACAAAUAUAAAAACAUAAUAAAACAUCAAACAUUAAAUACUGCCCUAUACAGGGCUACCUUCAGAUAUCUUCCGGGUUUUGUGAAUUGUGUUGAAUGGACAGUGCAAUUUUGGCUUUGCUUUGUUCCUGAAAAUAUUAUUUUCAGAAAUAUAUAUUUCUAGACUUCCCUUCAUCCAUUUGGACAUGUUUGUGGGCAUGAAUAAAGCUAUUCAUACAAAUACAAUAGAACCAUGAAACUGCAGCAUUACUAACAAACUAGCAAAGUCAGAGGCAGCAGUAACAACAAAUAAAUAUAUUUCACCUGGCCCUUGAAGGGUUGUAUGUUGGUGCCAGACAUCUCUUUCUGGGGCGGAGAGAAAAUCCACUUGAAAAUAACUGUUUUGUGGUGCUUGGGUUUACAAUAACUUAUUUGUGGGUUGUAUACAUUAUAUAUUAUAAUGCUUUUACUGCUUGUUUUGUCACUACACUUUUCUUGUUAAAUCCAUAGGCAUUAUAGCUGCAAACGUCUUUGUAUUCUGUUUAUGGAGGAUACCCUCUUUGCAACGAGUAAUGCUUACAUAUUUCACAUCUAAUCCAACUUCUCGUAAGUGUGCAUUAAAAUACAUGCAAAAUUGUGCAAGAUUUUGUUUUGUUUUGUUUUGGGGCUGUGGAUUGACCACCUGAUUUAAGGAAAUACCAAGCAAAUUGGUUUCCACAGUACAAAUAGUUUGGGAUGGACAAACUAAUGAAACAAUUUACCUGCAUAAAUCUUACAGAAUUAGAAUAUCUUCUUACUUUGUGAUACACUCAGUUCUAAACUAGACAGGGAAAGAAGAUGAUAGUCAAAUAUGCUGAAAGAACAUACCAAGGCCUUGAAAAAUAUGCCAGGCAGAUACACCAGUUGUAGAAAACACAAAAAUAUCUAUGUUUUUCAACACUUAGGGGUAGUUUACUAUAAGCUAACCUGUGACAAUAUAUACUAUUUGCAGAAAGGGGGGAUAAAAUUCAGAUUCUCAAUUAAAAUUUUGGUGUCUUCUUUCCUUCAUAAUUUGUAAAACCUUGCCUAACAGUGCAUUAGAAGUGAGGGGAAUCUUAGUUACUUGUUUCCUCUAUAUUCACUUGUCCUAUCUGUGACCAGUUUUUCAAUGUUAUGUAUGGUGUAAUGUUUCAUUGUUUUUUGCUGUUGAGGAGUCCCAUCUCCUAAGAAGUGGAUGAUUAAGAUUUAUUUAGGUACUGUUCAUUUUCAUCCUUCUCAACUAAAUCACUAAACUGUCAGGAAAAAAGUGUUCCAUACUGCCACAAGUUAAAUAUUUUUAUGCGCAUGCCAAAAUCUACAGUGGAGGGAAAGCUGUAAAAGUCAGUGUACAAGUGUGACCUAAGAGGCACACUGCAGGCAAAAAUGUUAAGGUAAUCUUUUUAAAAUUAUGAUUAAAGAGUGGUGGGCUCUUCUGAGAAGUAAAACCAUGUGCAAAAACAUAAUGCUUAAUGAUUUUGAAAACCCAAUGAUGACUAUGUUUUUUCUUGCUAGAAGUUCCAUUCUAAUAGUUCAACUUGUAAACUGUGAAUGGAGAGAUGAAAUGCUAAAGUAGUCUUAACAGCUGUUUUCUUCCUUUUGCCCUAGGAGUUGUGUGCUCUCCCAUGUUGCUAUCUGCAUUUAGUCAUUUCUCAUUUCUACACAUGGCAGCCAACAUGUAUGUUCUGUGGAGCUUCUCAACCAGUAUAGUCUCUCUUCUGGGACGUGAACAAUUCAUGGCAGCGUACCUUUCUGCAGGUAAGAAGCCUUCCUUGGUUAUCUCUUUAUGGCAGGCACCCCCAAACUCGGCCCGCCAAAUGUUUUGGGACUACAACUCCCAUCAUCCCUAGCUAAGAGAACCAGUGGUCAAGGAUGAUGGGAAUUGUAGUCCCAAAACAUCUGGAGGGCUGAGUUUGGGGAUGCCUGAUUUAUGGGAUCCUAAGAUGAUAUACAGUGGUGCCCCGCAAGACGAAUGCCUCGCAAGACGGAAAAACCGCUAGACGAAAGGGUUUUCCGUUUUGAAGUUGCUUCGCAGGACGAAUUCCCCUAUGGGCUUGCUUCACAAGACGAAAAUACCUUGCGAGUCUAGAGAUUUUUUUUUCGCUUUCCCCCCCCUUUAUCUAAUCUGCUAAGCCUUUAAUAGCCUUUAAUAGCCUUUUAGCAGCUAAUCCCCUAAGCCUUUAAUAGCUGCUAAACCGCUAAUAGCGCUAAUAGCGCUAAUCCGUCAAUGGGCUUGCUUCGCAAGACGAAAAAACCGCUAGACGAAGACUCUCGCGGAACGGAUUAAUUUCGUCUUGCGAGGCACCACUGUAAAACUUGUCUUUGACUUGCACUGAAGUUGCUUUUAUUAUGUGUUAUGAACAUUCUUUGGUCAUUGGAGAGAAACUGACAUUCAUCAAUACAAUCCUCUUCAAACAUGUCUGGAUGAAGACUAGUUUAGAAAAUUCUAAAAUAAUUAAAUGAUGAGCUUCCCAAGCAGUAUUCUGUGAGCCAGUAUGAGUACUGUCCUAGGCCCAGGAUCAAGGGGCCAGCUAAUAGGAUUGGGUUUUUUGGUCCAUUAACCAUGGGCCACCUUUGAGGUGUCACCACCAUUUUAAUUUAGAGGUCCUUUUAAUAGUUGUUUGGGGGUGAAUUUUUCACAGAAUUAGCUUUCCUAAAUUAGGUAGGAGAAGUUACACUUGCUAAAAUGUUAUAAUUCAUAGAAAUAUAGAAGAAGUGCUAUUGCAUAUUAAAAUAAAUAAAAAUAAAUAAAAGGUAAAUGACUUCUUUCUUGGCUUAGGCAUAGAUCAUGCUUCAGAGCCCCCGAGGAAAAAACCAAGGAGAAGUGAACAACUUCUGAAGCUAUUUGUCUCAAUGCCAUAAAUCAGUCCAGCUUUGGAGACUGUAUUCUGGAUGAACCUGUGUCUGCCUUAAGAAUGCAUGUUCCUCUGUAGGGCAGUCCAUUGUGCUGUGAAAGCCAUGGGUUUAAUGAAACAAAUGAAACUAGGACAGUAAAAUAAGAAUAUUUAAAUGUUUCAUGUCCCUCACUGAAUCCGUGCUUCUGACAACAUUAUUAUUUUUCUAGGGGUUUUUUCCACAUUUGUGAGUUAUUUUUGCAAAACGGUCACAGGAAGAUUUGGAUCAUCGCUUGGAGCAGUAAGUCCUGCUGAGUACAAACCAAUCUGUCUGUUGUGAAAGACUGGUUUGGAGCACAUUGUUUUCUGUUUUCAGAAGUCAAGUUAUUUUUGGGGAAAAGCUACAGUGGAGAGUAGGUUAGAAAUCUAAUGAAAUAUUUGGGGAGAUGGGGUCGGUCUAUAAGCUUCACCCCAGCAAAAGUUACUUAGUUAACUGUUUCCCCCCACUGUUUAGAUCCGUGGUUCCCAACGUGGGGCACACGUUUGAUUUUUAAGGGGGGCAAUUCGAUAAUGAGUUAGACCGAGUUAAUGGCUUUCUCCACAUGAACAGGAGUUCACUUUUUGAAUAAUAAGAAUUAUAUGUCAAGGGGGAUGGGGGGCAUCAGGAUUUUAGAGAUGUUUAGGUGGGGCAUGGCCAAAAAAUGGUUGGGAACCACUGGGUUUGAUCGUUUGUAUAAUUAAAAAAAGAGAGAUGCCUCAGUAUCCGUUAAGCUAUAAGUAAAAUCAGUGAUGGUGCCAACUCAAAUUUUUAUAGUGCUCGUUUUGUCCAUUUUCAUUUUUGCAGCAAUAAGAACUAUUUCCAGCUUAUCUUCCAUUUAAACACUUAUUUGGAAACAAGUCCCAUGGAUUUCAAUUAGAUUCCUAACUAGCUUUUUAGGAUUAUAGUUUUACUUACUAUAUUUCUGUAGCCUUAUUCUGAAUUAAGUCCCAAUAUCAAUAGGACUUAAUUCACAGCAAAACAACUAAUUUCCACUGCAGUUUUUAUCCCCAAGUACAUUUUUACUUGGGGAGUAAGUUUCAUAGAACUCAUUGGCACUGUCUUCUGAGUAAAACAUGAAUGAACUUGUCAAUAUCAGGAAUAAAUUGGGUAUGUUAUAUCAGAUUGUAUUGUUUUCACGUUGAUACUUUCUAUCUUGAAUAUCAGAAAGAUUUAUUCACAGACAGGAAAUAGUCUAUGCUUUCUUAAGGAGAAGGGAUUUGCCACAGGCCCCUUCAUUGAAAUAAUUCUUUUAAAAUAGCUGUAGUGUUUGGGUGACAUUCAACUAGGUUAUAUGCAGAGCAGACACAUUAAGCCCAUCAAUAUCAAUUUGUCUAUUCUGAAUAGAACUUUGUUGGCUAUCAUCCUUCGUCUUUAGUAUUUCUCUUAACUUUUAGGAUCUUUGCAGCUGGCAUAGCUGAGAACCUGCUGCCUCCAUUUCCACAUCUUAUUGGUAACAGUUAAUGGCCAUUGUGAACCUAACUGUUUUUGGCAAAAAAAUUAACAGUAAUUCACUUCUGUUGAACCUCUGGUCAAGAUAAGCAGUAAUCUUUUCUGACUUCAACAGAAAUUCAAUUCUAAAUUGAAUUUUUUUUUGCUUUUGUAUUUUGCUUUUUUAUUGCCAGUUAGCCAAUUUUAUUUUUUUUAAUUUUUGCUUGUAUUCUAGUCGGGUGCUAUAAUGAUGGUCCUUGCAGCAGUAUGUACGAAGAUGCCAGAAGCCAGGCUAGCCAUAAUAUUCCUUCCAAUGUUCACAUUUACAGCUGGAAAUGUAAGUGACUUGAAAGAACUGAAGCAACUUCUCUCCUCUGUUGCUACCUGUUUUUGUCUCAUGGGCUUAACUUUUAAAAAGACACAACAGAAAAGGAAAAAGGGGUAAGAAGGGAAAAUGAAAACAAUAGAACUCAGACACUUAUUGCUAAACAUUACAUAGUGAUUUUUAUAAUGACCAUCUACUUCAGGGAGGGGAGGAACUAGGGAUGCCAUAUUUCAAAAAGUGAAAACCGUGAUUUCCAGGAAACAGAACAACUCUGCAUCCAGUUUUCCUCUUCUGCAACUAGAUGGAAUGGCUGCUGUCAGGUGAUGGGUAAGGAGGGUCCCCAAAGGAGCUGUUCUCUCAGCAGAGCUGGUGGAGUGGGUCUUCUAAUUUACCAAUACAGAACUGAGGCUUGGGAGAGAAUUACCAUAUUGGCCUGAAUACGCAUCCACAAAUAAGCUGCACCUUUAAAAUUCAAGGCUUAUUUGCAGGUGCGGCCCGCCUCCUGGCACUCCAUCCCCAAACCGGCGCCGGGGGAGGCUGCCCGCUGCUGCCCCUUCAUUCCUGGGCUGCUUCCUUGGGGAGAGGGGAGCCACGCGGUAAGCUCACAAAUAUAAGCCACACUUUUUUUCCAAGUUAAAGUGCGGCUUAUAUUCAGGCCAAUAUGGUACAUUCUCAAAGUUGCUCAAUAUAUCCACGGUAGAGAUAGGGCUUUAACGCAAAUCCAGCUACAACCUUCACCCUUGUUCUCAUUGACUAGGCAUGACUAAAUGGGAUUUAUGAAUGUGGACUAGAUUCAUUUUAUCAUUGUUGGAGCUGCUGAAACAUGAAGGCAAUGUUGCUGUUGUGUGUGUUUUUUGCCAAUGCUGUACUUGUUUACUGAUUUCUAGGCUUUAAAAGCCAUUAUUGCACUGGACACGGCUGGACUUAUUUUGGGUUGGAAGUUUUUUGACCAUGCUGCACACGUUGGAGGGGCUCUCUUUGGCAUGUAAGUUUUUGUACUGUGCUAGUACUAUGAGAGUGAUGCUUCAGUGUGUUGUAGUUUGUUUGUCUUUUAUUUAUUUAAAAUAGCCCUGUAAAAUUUCUACUGAGAAGUGUUUUUGGCUCAAAUGGCUUUAUGACAUAUACCUAUAAUGUGUUCUGUGAAAGAAUUUCAGUUGAAGUUAUGUGUUUGUUGCUUUUUAGGUGGUAUGUAACGUACGGGCAUAAUCUAAUAUGGAAGAAUAGAGAACCGGUGGUGAAGGCAUGGCACACAAUAAGGACUUGGAGACCAAAUAAAUGAGGUGGGGCUCGCAAUUGGCGCUUUGUAGAAGAAACUUGUACAGAAAUGCCGUGCUGCUUUGAAGACUGGAAAGUGGAUCGGUUGUUACAUUACUUACACAGUAAUGGGAUCUUCAGUUCUAAAUGUGGUAACCCACACUCAAAAAUAAAUGCAUUUAUUGAUAAACACAUAACCAAAUAGAAAACAAUAAAGAUUUGUAUCUCAUUGCUUUAUUAA